GAUUUUUGAUGAUGUCAAAGGUACAUAGCCAAAAGAUGAGAGUUUGAAAUUUUUACUGCAUAGUAUGACGUGACAUAGACAAUAUCUUUAAAGUUCGACAAAUAUCUGAUUUAGCAGAAAGUGUGUCUCUUUAAAGAUUAUGGAUUAAAUUGUUUUUUUUAAUUUAAAUACUUUCCAAAUGCUUUCCAAAAUGAAAACUGAUGACGUUUUGUCAGUUCUUGUUUGUAUAUUUUAUCCCAAACCUUGCCGACUGCGCCACUUCAAGCGCGUGACCGGCAGCCUCGGAACGUUUCGCUGAUAUUAAGCAUUCAUUUGAUGUAAUUUUCGGUAAUUUUUAAGGGUAAAAUUGCGAUAAGCCGACAGGCAUCCUGCAUAACUUUCAUCGUGACAGGCGGAGCUGCGAGAGCCUCGUGACAGUCGUGGAUCUCAUCGUGACCCAAGCCCACGAUCUGACGUCUCGUGAAAGAGACCGUGAUCAGCAUCGCGCCGACCGCAUAGAAAAUACAGACCUGAUAAGUGGGUGUGAUCCGGAUCGAGUGGUGCAGUUCUGAACAGACGAGUCGCCUCUACGUGGAUCACCGGGCUCCGUCCGUGUGUCGACAGCGCCCUCCGCCUCUGCCGCCAUGUCUGACGGCAGCGAGGACGGCGAGAUCUCUGAGACGCGCGAGUUCCUUGUCGACGACGACUCGCUCGACAUUAAGCCCCCGCAGAACCAGGCCGGCAGCAAGCACAAGUCACGCUCCAAGCACUCCUCGGACCACAAACGCCGCGACAAGCACAAGCACAGACGCCAUGAGAGUCGCGAGAGGCGCCGCCAGCGGCGUGAACACCGCGAUCGCGAGCGACGUGAGCAGCGGGACGCUCGCCGAGAGGCGGCUGAGUCUCACCGGCCGCCGGUGGACCCGUACCGCGCCCACCCGGACGACUUCCGACUACCGUCGGCGGCACACCGGCCGCCCGCCGACCCGUACGACGCGCACGAGCCGCCGCGACCGUCCCGCUCCCGCGACAGACGCGACCGGGACGGCCGCCGCGAGCGGCGAGCCGAGCGCGAGGCGCUGCAGGCCGAGCUGCGAGAGCCUCGUGAUAGCCGUGGAUCUCAUCGUGACCCGAGCCACGACCUGACGUCUCGCGAAAGAGACCGUGAUCGGCACCGUGCCGACCGACAGGAGCGAGGGGAGAGACAGGAGCGAGUCGAGAGGCUGCAUGAGCGACCGGAGAGACAGGAGCGAUUGGAUCGGCCGGAGAGGCAGGAGCGCCCCGAGCGGCGCGACCCGCCGACGGAGGUCGACCUCCGCAGCGAGCGGCUGCUGCAGGCAGUGCGCGUCUCCGAGAAACAGAAGGAGAUGUCGAAACGCGAGCUGGAAGCCCGCCGGCAGCGGAGGGAGUUGGAACGAAUCCGUCAGCGGGAGGAGCGUGACAUCGAGGCGAAGCGCGAGCGGGAGAGGGAGCAUGGAGACGACCGGGAGGAGAGCAGGAGGAAGCGACAGCGCGCCGCUGAGACCAGGGAGGAAUCCAAGGACCGGGAGGCGGAGCGUCCCCCGCGGGAAGGGCGCGAAUCCCGAUCACAGAAAGAGCGACCGCGGGAGGAGUCUGAGCAGGAGUCAUCCGAAGAAGAAGUUGAGGAAGAGGAGGAGGACGCCGAGGAGAGCGAGGACUCGUCCUCCUCGUCGGAGGAGUCAGACGAUGAGGAGGGUGAGCGUGAGGAGGGCGAGGAGGAGGACGGAGCAGCGUCCCGCUCGCCGACGCCGACCGGCCGCUGGCGCCAGAUGAGCCGCUCUUCACCGGAGGCGGCCUCUCCGCGCCGCGCCGGCUCCCCGGAGGCCAGCCCGGGCCGCUCGCCGCCGCCGGAGCCGCUGACACCCUCUCCGCCCGUGUCGCCGGUGGUGACGAAGGAGGUGCUGCCGCCCUACCUGCCGGCCAUCCAGGGCUGCAGGAACGUCGAGGAGUUCAACUGCCUGAACCGCAUCGAGGAGGGCACCUACGGCGUGGUGUACCGAGCCAUCGACAAGCGCACCAAGGAGAUUGUGGCGCUGAAGCGACUCAAGAUGGAGAAUGAGAAGGAGGGCUUCCCCAUCACGUCUCUGAGAGAGAUCAACACGCUGCUGAAGGCGCAGCACGAGAACAUCGUCACCGUACGCGAGAUCGUGGUCGGCAGCAACAUGGACAAGAUCUACAUCGUCAUGGACUACGUAGAACACGACCUCAAGAGCCUGAUGCAGACGAUGAAGUCAAAGAAGCAGUCGUUUACCACGGGCGAGGUCAAGUGCCUGUUGAUCCAGAUGCUGCGCGCUGUGCGCCACCUUCACGACAACUGGAUCCUGCACCGUGACCUGAAGACAUCCAACCUUCUCCUCUCCCACAAGGGUAUCCUGAAGGUGGGCGACUUUGGACUGGCGCGCGAGUACGGCUCGCCGCUGAAGCAGUACACGCCGAUCGUGGUGACUUUGUGGUACCGUGCGCCGGAGCUGCUGCUCGGCUGCAAGGAGUAUUCGUGCCCCAUCGAUAUGUGGUCGGUGGGCUGCAUCUUCGCCGAGCUGGUCCGCAUGGAGCCCAUGUUCCCGGGCAAGUCGGAGGCCGAUCAGAUCAAUAGGAUAUUCAAGGAGCUCGGCACGCCUAAUGAGAAGAUCUGGCCGGGGUACUCGGAGCUGCCGGCCAUCAAGAAGAUGACGUUUUCCGAGUACCCGUACAACCAGCUGGCCAACCAUCUGGCGGGCGCGUGCACAGAGAAAGGCGUCUCACUGAUGAACAAGCUGCUCACUUACGACCCCAAGCGGCGCCUGACUGCCGACGAGGCGCUGGCUCACAGCUACUUUGACGAACAGCCGCGUCCCAUCGAGCCGGGCAUGUUCCCCACGUGGCCGGCAAAGUCCGAGAUGGGUCACAAAAAGACCACAUCGUCCAGCCCCAAGCCUCCGUCCGGCAGGAAAAACCUCGGUGAUGACGACAUGGGUUUCCAAAUAGGCGCGGCGGCCGGUGCCGGCGGAUUUAGUCUAAAGUUCUGAGUGUCUAUGAGCGUGUCGUGAUGUCGGACAAUCAGACUGUCGAUUUUUCGACCGGAUCGUGCAGUGUGCGUGCUCAGAAGCGCUGGAACGUGAGGUGUAAUGACGGAAUGUGUCUUAGCGCCGGAAUGGUGUGUCGAUGCGGGAAUGUGUGUGGUGAGACUGAUACCGGUUGAAUGAGCGAAUCGGGUGUGCUGGAGAGUUUUGUGCCACGAUAGAAACAUCGAACCACCCGUGGUUGGUGGUGCGUUUGGGUGAAUAGGUGCACGAUGUGUUUGCGCCUCUGUUGGCUCAGAGUUAGAACCGAUUACAAAUGCUGCGUACCUGAUGCAUACAUCGUGUCUCAUGCGUCAGCGGUCGCCAUGAAAGUCCAAAAAGCUGUUUUGGAUAUCCGAAAUGACGUCGUUUUAGAGACGUUAUGUAUUGUUUUACCGAUGAUGUUUGGCAGCACUGUGCAGUUUCUGUACAGUGUUGAGCGCGGCAGAGGAUGCUGUGCUUCCGUGCCCAGUUCUGUGUCCAGGCGUGAAUUGUCAUUUGUGCUUUCACGAGUCGGAAUGGGGAACAUUACACAGCUGUGACUGUGUAGGUCUGAAGCUGUAUGCUCGGUUGCGAUCUCUGAGCAGUUGGUUGUCAUCACCCAUCGGACGUGAUGUCAAUAAAGACCCGCACGUCGUUUA